UCCGCGCUUGGCGGCCACUACUACCAUCACCAAUUCCUGUGGUCACGGAUCAUCGUGCAGGAUAUUCAAUUAAGAAAGAAAUAUCGGCUACGUACCUGAUACAGACGGAAGUACACAUCGUCGUCCUUGUUCUCCGGAUUUUCGCUCCCUUUAGGUAAAUUCCUGAGGGUACUCGCACACCGCUGCUGCUUCCGGCGAUACUGAGCGAUACUCAGCGACUGCAUAUCACCACGACCACCGCACACACGGCCGACUUUUGAACGCAGCGCAUUCCCACGCCCCAAUUAUUCUUUCUCUUCGACCUGAAGGAACGAGGGCAUUUGUAGGACUGGUCAACAUGCCUGCGAUCCUCAAUCCUCUCCAUCCGACCCCUGUGGGGAUUGGCGGCCACCCAGCCAUGAGCUCCUACAUCCUCAUGCACGCCAGCGCGCAAGACAAGGAGCUGCUCGGCCACAUCUACGAGCUCCUGCACCUCCUGUUCGUGCGUAACCGCAACCAGCACCGCAGGAACCAUUGGUUCAAGAGCCUCCAGCAGUUCAGGAAGCAACUCGGAUUGCUGAUCGCCGAGAUGGGCAGCGACCGGAAGGUCGAGGAGAAAUUGAACGCCCGCCUGCAGUUCCUGGACGAUCGGUGCAUUCACCAAUGGUACCUGCAUUUCACGCAGGUCGUGGCCGUUGGCCCUUUCGCCGUCCUCGGCCUGGUGCUGAUGGCGUGCACCGCCAGGGUCUGCCGCAUCGCCGGCAUCACAGCGCUCUACGAGGAGAUCGCGUCUGAAGACUUGAAGACGGUCUUGAGGCUGAUGGAUGCCGGCGAGGUGGAGACCAUCAGCGGCCUGCUCUCUGCCGACGAUGAGGACGAGGGCGAGGUGAUCGCCAGGGACGAGUAGUGUCGUCGCUUCCCUUCCUGCAGAUCCAUGUGUGUUUUUUUUGUAACAACUGUAACUAUAUGUUCUACUACUCAGCUGCAUUUGCGAGGAGCGACAAAAAGACCUGAAGCACGGCGGAACUUCAGGCUGGAUGGACGUUUACGAAUGAAUGGCUUUUUUCUUCUUGCGCGAGAUCGCGCGGUGCGCUCUUCGUUUCAAUUCCU